AUGGCGGAGGAUCGCCUCCCAUCUAUCAACGCCUGCAUCGAGAACGACGCCCUCGCCGGCGCAGCAGGGUUGCCCCUCCUCUCCGGCCCAUCCUCCUCCGUCGCCUUCUCCCCGCUCGGUUUCCUCUCCUCCUCCCCCUUCCUUCUCCCGCUCCCCCUCGCUGGCGGCCCGCCGCUCCGCCUCCGUGACCCUCCCUCCCUGCGGAUCGGGAAGAAGCGCAAGCCGCGGGCGUGCAAGCGCUGGCCGACCGCCUACAUCGCCGCCGACCCGGCCAACUUCCGCCAGAUGGUCCAGCAGGUGACUGGAGUCGAUGCCCACGGAGGUGCGGAGGGGUCUCGGGCCCAGGAUCCGCAGCUUCCCGCCGUCCAGGGGGGCGGCUUCGUUCCGACGCUGGACGUGCCGGCGUGCUUGCUGAACCGGCUCGAGCAGGAUACUGCGACUGGACCGCCCGAUCACGGCUGGGUUUUCUCGGACUUGGACCCGGUCCUCAUCUGA